UCUUCGCUGGAUGCUACUUGCUUCAGAAAGUUCCUUCAGGAGGUACUUAGCAGAAACCUAAACAGCAGAAUGGCAGCAGACAGCAACACGGCCCCUGAAGAGAAGCCGAACACGACUCCUGUGAAAAGAGCUGUCCACAAGAUCCGAACCGCCAGCCUUGUCUUCAGCUUAGCCCGAGGAUGGCAGCAGUGGGCAAGUGACCGCAAUGUAAAGCAAGCCCAAGAACCCCCUGGGUGGGUCCCCACUGCAGGAGAUGCAUCAGCUCAGUCAGUGCAAGAAAGACACUCUGAAAAAUGGCCAGUUCCAUCUACCAAGAGGGACGAUGAAAAAUCCUCAGCAAAUGAACUGGUGGCAAGAAAUGCUGAAAAAAGGUCAAGAGAAUCUGAUGAAGCCCUUAAAAAGUUCAACAUUAAAAGCAAAGAGGUGCUGAAAACUGUUGUAAGUAAAGCCUAUGAACGAGCAAGUGAUGUUAGCCUCCUCAGUGGCAGAUAUGAGAACAACCACGGCGGCUCAGAGACAACCAAGUUCAAAGAAGAAUCAAAUGGUAUCGACAAAAUUCUUAAUGGGAAAUUAUCUCCCACUAUAAGGAGAAAAUGUUCAAACAGAGUAUCAGACGCCAUUGAGGGCUUUAAAGAGAAGGACAAAUUAGGAACUAGGGAAGAACUGCUGCUGAAGUGCCACUAUGACAGCAUGGAUGCAGAAGACAGUGGCUAUGGGGAAGCAGAAGACAGACUUGAGCCAGAGGUGAUCCCUGUGAAGGUCAAACAACCAUCUCUCAUGAACAAGUGCAACAAAGAAAGAAGCAUUAAAGCUCAUAGGAAGUACAGUCCCGUUAGCAGCCUGAAGAACAGAUGGCAGGAAUGGGCAGACCAGCACAUCAUAACGCAGAAGCUGAAUCCCUUCAGUGAAGAUUUUGACCACGAACUGGCCAUGUCCACACGCCUGCACAAAGGAGACGAAGGCUACGGCCGGCCCAAGGAAGGCACCAAAACCGCUGAAAGGGCCAAGAGAGCAGAGGCUCACAUUCACAGGGAGAUUAGAGACCUGUGUUUCAUCAUUAAAACCAUGGCUGAGCCACGGAGUGACGGCAAGAUCCAAGUCACUUUUGGAGAACUCUUUGAGAGAUAUGUUCGUAUUUCAGAUAAGGUUGUUGGGAUUCUCAUGAGAGCCAGGAAACAUGGGCUGGUGGACUUUGAGGGAGAAAUGCUAUGGCAAGGAAGGGAUGACAACGUCAUAAUUACUUUAUUAAAGUAAGCAUGCUCCAAGAGCAACAUGCCUUGGAAAACCUCAUCUUUCCUCUGCUAUUAGCUUUCGCACAUUUGGAAUAUAAGAUUUUCUCCAGUCCCUGGACAGAAAAUUCAUUGAGCAUUUUUCUAAAUACAAGCUUUAUAACUGUUGCAUAAUAAAUAUAAGCAUCCAAAUGAAUUUUUUUUUUCUAUACCAGGAAAACUUACCAGGACACUUCAGUUAAUUACUAUACACAAAGCAAAUAAGAAAAAAAGAAAAAACAUAAGCAGAUAAAUAUAGAAACCUGUAAGAACACAAAUGGCUGUAAAUGAAUUCCUUUUUUUUUUUUUUAAACUUAUUUUAACUUAUUCUUACAUUCAAGUUCCUCUCAACUAUUUAAACAGGGAAUAUAAACCACACCAGAUCAGAAGCAGAAUGAUGAACUAAACUCAGACCAAAUUUUUGAUCUUAUGUGCAUAUUUUCUAACUAAUCUAUUUCAGUGCAUGUAAAAAAGGUUUCUUUGUACACAACCAAGAAUGACAAAUUUAUUUCUUUUACAAAUACUAUAAGCAAAUACUACUGCAGUGACAGCUACCGCCAACUUUCUCUUAGAUAUCACAGAAACUAAGACAAAUCUUUUAUAAGCAAGACUUUUUUAUUUAAUAAUUUAUAUAAUUUAUUAAAUGUUUUUAGUUAUAGCCUA